AUGUCAAGCAUCCAGCAAAUGGAACAGAAGCCUUCUGACAUCGGCCUUGCGCAAAAUGCGCUACACAAGAAUGUGUUCUCGCCGUGGGCUGAUUCCCGGGCCAUCGAGGAGGGAGAAAGAGGACAGUAUCGGCUGCGUGAUUUGAUCGAGCCAGUCAACAUCCAUGAUGCGUCGAUGCUGACAUUGGCACUGGUUACCGGCUGUCGUCUAGAGCGUGGUGCCUCCUCGAGUCGAGAACUUCGCGUCCACGAGAAGGUAAAACCAAAAGGGCGUUGUCUCAAGUGA